AUGUCUGGAACUCAAGCAACUCCACUACAGCUUACUCAAAGUGAAAACCCUUGUUUUAAGUCCUCAAAAAGUGUUUCAAGUACCAACGGCAGCAUAAACUGCAUUUCAGGACGUGACCAUGAAUCAUGUCAUGUUCCAAAUCCAAUCAUUGACUACUCUAUGCUCAUCUCCAAUGAUUGUCUCAAAAGGUCUCAAGCUAUCAAUGACCUCAAUCAAGCUUGCCUCAACUACGGCUUCUUCGCAGUGACAAAUCAUGGGAUCCCAGAUAGCCUGAUUGGGAGUGUUAUGAAUUGGCUUUCCAAAUUUUUUAAUCAAAGUGAUGAGGAGAAGCGAAGGUAUGAUACGAAUGAUCCAACGGAUAGGAUCAGAUUCAGGUGGGGCGGCAGAACCCAAAGAGAGCUUCUCCACAUGAGGGCACAUCCCACCUUCCAUUGGCCAACAGAGCCUGCCGAUUCCGUGGUUUUAACAGAGUAUUGUGAGAGAAUGCGAGAGAUGGGAAUGCAAUUACUUAGAGGGAUUUCAAAAUCUCUAGGGCUUGAAGAAUGCUACAUAGAAAACAAAAUGAAGCUGGAAUCGGGCUACAAUGUUUUUGGACCAAAUUACUAUCCAGCACUGUCGCAGUCCUCGGAUGAUAAGAAUCAGAUUGGCCAAUUCCCUCAUCGAGACCCUGGUUUGCUUGUCCUCCUUGCACAAAACGUCGGUGGGGGGCUUCAGAUAGAACAUCAGAAGAAGUGGCUCAAUGCAGAUUUUCCUCCUAGUUCCAUUUUUGUCAUUGUUGCCGACCAUAUAGAGAUUCUUACCAAUGGAAAAUACAAGAGCUUGUUGCAUCGGGUGGCCUUAAACAGCGAAGUGGAAAGGAUGAGUUUACCCUUCUUUUUUGGGCCAUCGUUGGACGUAACUGUGAAGCCUGAACCAGAGUUUGUGGACGACCACAACCCACCCUCUUAUCGUCAAAUGACUUACAAAGCAUACUUGGAAUCCAAUGACCACCAUGUAAUUGAAGCGAGAGCAAACUUGAAUCAGAUUCGACUCUGA